AUGUCAAAUUAUUUCGACAGCCAAUUAUUAUAUAAAUUGAGCAAUUAUCAUGAUCCUGCGUUCUAUUGGACACCGAAAAGAGUUUUUAAGUAUGCCUUAGGUACACUCUCGGUAUUGGUAGUUUGUGGAAUAAUAGCAUUUGGACUCACUUCUUUCAUUUUCUUGUUCAUACCUGAUCUCGAUUCGGUUCAAGGCUCAGUUGCUUCCACCAAAUUCGCUGCAAAACCACCAUCAUGUAGCAAACGGAUAAUUGGAUAUUACACAGAAUUUGAAUCAAUAGACGUCACGAAAAACCAGCUCGAAAAGUUGACUCAUGCAGUUUUUGCUUAUAUCGAAAUGCGAUGGGAUGGAAAAAUUCAAUUCAAGAGCGAAAAAACGAAAAAUCGGUUCCUGGGACUGAAACGCAAGGCGGAGAGUGUGAAGUCAGAUGUGAAAGUGAUGAUUUCUAUUGGCGGAGAGGAGAAUUCACAAUUCUUCGCACCGGUGACUGCUGAUUCAGACAAAUUCAAAACAUUCAUCGAAUCCGUCUCAAAUUUCCUAGACGAUCAUCAAAUAGAUGGUGUUGAUUUCUAUUGGAAACGUGCAGCUGAAACAGACAAAUGGCAUUAUAUCUCAAUGCUCCGAGAACUGCGACGAAAACUGAAAGAUAAUAAAAAUGGACACAAGGACUAUAUAAUAUCGAUUACCUUGCCUGCUGCAGGAAUCGAGAACUGGGAAGUGGCAUACGAUUUGGAUCAGACAUUGGAAUUUGUUGAUUUCAUUAAUGUCUUCUCGAUGGAUUUCUAUGGACCAUGGCCCAAUCAAUGGGGUACACCAGCUGGACCAACUGCUCCAUUGUAUUCUGGAGUUGGUGCCCGGAAGAAUUUCAAUAUUGAUUGGACAAUGGAAUAUUACGUUUGCAAAGCAAGACAACCGUCGAAGUUCAAUAUCGUUGUUCCAUUUUUUGUAAGAUUGUGGAAAAAUGUCGAAGGUGCCGUUGAAAAUGGAAAGGAAGUAUACAGGAAUGCUGAAUUGAAAGAUAACAAAGUUGAGGGAAAUUCUUAUAUGUCACGACAAACUGCACAGAGAGAAGGGUUCAGUUUGAAAAACUCUACAUGGGAUGAGCCAUCCAAAAGUUCUUAUAUCUUCGACUCCAACGCCAAAACCUAUUUGUCAUUCGAAACAGAGAAAAGCAUAGAAGCGAAGAAGAAGUACGUGAUUGAUAUGAACUUGGGAGGAUUCUGGGUUUGGACGGUAGAUAUGGACGAUGACAAAAGCAGUAUGCUGAAUUCUCUGACUUCAAAUGGUUUUUGUUCUGGGAAAAAUGACGAAACAUUGAAAUAUAAAUGUUGA